UCCGGCAGUAGGUCGGUAUGUAGCAGCAGCGGAGCUUCUGCCUGGGAUUACAAAGAGGGAAAAAGCACCUUGGAUAGAAAAAUUAAACAAGCGGAAUAAAAAAUAAAUCCACCCGAGGAUGAGACACACACCGUUUAAUUAAAGGAGACUAAAAACCCGCCGUUUUUCCUGCUAAUUUAUCACCUUUUAUACGAAAAUGGCGAACGACUCACCGGCCAAAAGUCUGGUGGACAUAGACCUGGCAUCCCUGAGGGAUCCAGCUGGGAUUUUCGAGUUGGUGGAAGUAGUCGGAAACGGCACCUAUGGACAAGUCUAUAAGGGUCGACAUGUCAAGACAGGACAGCUGGCGGCCAUCAAGGUCAUGGACGUCACCGAGGAUGAAGAGGAGGAAAUCAAGCUGGAAAUCAACAUGCUGAAGAAGUACUCCCAUCAUAGAAACAUCGCCACCUACUAUGGAGCCUUCAUUAAGAAAAGUCCACCAGGACAUGACGACCAGCUAUGGCUGGUGAUGGAGUUCUGCGGAGCCGGUUCCAUCACAGAUCUGGUGAAAAACACCAAAGGAAACUCGCUGAAGGAGGACUGGAUCGCCUACAUCUCCAGAGAGAUCCUCAGGGGAUUAGCUCACCUGCACGCUCAUCACGUCAUCCAUCGUGACAUUAAGGGACAAAAUGUGCUGCUGACUGAAAACGCUGAAGUCAAACUGGUGGACUUUGGUGUCAGCGCUCAGCUGGACCGGACGGUAGGACGGAGGAACACUUUCAUUGGGACGCCAUAUUGGAUGGCUCCAGAGGUCAUUGCUUGUGAUGAAAAUCCAGAUGCUACCUACGACUACAGGAGUGACCUGUGGUCUUGUGGAAUCACCGCUAUAGAGAUGGCUGAGGGAGCUCCUCCUCUGUGUGACAUGCAUCCAAUGAGAGCCCUCUUCCUCAUCCCAAGAAAUCCUCCUCCUAGACUUAAGUCCAAAAAAUGGUCUAAGAAGUUCUUCAGCUUCAUCGAGGGCUGCCUGGUGAAGAACUACACGCAGCGUCCUCCCACCGAGCAGCUGCUCAAACACCCAUUCAUCAGGGACCAGCCCAACGAGAGGCAGGUCCGCAUCCAGCUCAAAGACCACAUCGACCGGACCAAGAAGAAGAGGGGAGAGAAGGAUGAGACAGAGUAUGAGUACAGUGGCAGUGAAGAGGAGGAAGAAGAGUCAUCAGAGCAAGAAGGAGAGCCAAGCUCCAUAGUGAACGUACCCGGUGAGUCCACUCUACGCCGUGACUUCAUCCGCCUCCAACAGGAGAACAAGGAGCGCUCUGAGGCGCUGCGUCGCCAGCAGCUCCUCCAGGAGCAGCAGCUCCGUGAGCAGGAGGAGUACAAGCGCCAACUGCUGGCGGAGAGGCAGAAACGUAUCGAGCAGCAAAAGGAGCAGAGGAGGCGGCUGGAGGAGCAACAACGGCGUGAGCGAGAGAUGAGGAGGCAGCAGGAGCGCGAGCAGCGCCGACGUGAGCAGGAGGAGAAGAGGCGUGUCGAGGAGAUGGAACGACGCCGCAAAGAGGAGGAGGAGCGCAGGAGGGCCGAGGAGGAGAAGAGGAGGGCUGACAGAGAACAGGAGUACAUCCGUCGUCAGCUGGAGGAGGAGCAGAGGCACCUGGAGAUCCUGCAGCAGCAGCUGCUCCAUGAACAGGCCAUGCUGCUGGAGUAUAAAUGGCGGGAGCUUGAGGAGCAGCGCCAAGCCCAGAAGCUUCAGCAACAGCUGCAGCAGGAGCAGGCCUACCUGUUGUCCCUGCAGCAGAACCAGAACCAGAACCUGGACAGUAACAAAACACAGAGCACCAAACCUGCACAGAGCCUGGAUCAGGACAGGAUAAAACCUCUGCAGAACCCUGAACCUGAUCCAACAAAACCACCACACAGUGCUGACUCUGAAAAGACCAAGUCGGCUCAGAUUCAGAGUCUGGAGAAAACUACAGAACCCAAGCUUCCUGCUUCGGACAUCCAAGGCCACGCCCACAACUCUGAGCCAAUCAGAGAGGCUGAUGAGCGGUACCGGAAGAACAUCCAGGGUUCUCCUCAGUCUGCACAGACCAAACCACAGCAGCCUCCUGUGCCACCACGCUCCGAGUCUUCCUACCCGAAUGGAAACUCUGCAUCGGAGGCGCCCGCCAUGCACCGGCCGGUGGAACCACAGGUCCGUUCCCAUCUGGCUGCUCUUAAAAACAACGUGGCCUCAUCAAACUCUUCUGCCACCACCCCACCCCUCGUGUCACGGUCACACUCCUUCACAGAGCCGCUCGUCCCUAGCUUUGAAAACCUUCAGCUUCGCAAAAGCCAGGAACCCCAUCAACACCAUCACCCCUCAUCUUCAUCACCAUCCUCCUCAUUAUCAACGCCUGCACACACUGACCCACAACACCACGCUCAGGCUAGGCCCUCGCCCCAUGAGCCUGCCCCUUCAGAGGAAGUCCCACCCAGGGUUCCUGUCAGGACUACAUCAAGGUCUCCAGUGUUGUCUAGGCGAGACUCACCUCAUCACCAUGGCAGCGCCUCGCAGAGCAGCCAUGCUGUGCACCGUAACACUGCCAGCGCUGCAGAGCCACGGCUGCUGUGGGAGCGAGUGGAGAAACUGGUUCCCAGACAGAACAGCGGCAGUGGAGGCUCCAGUUCCUCCAGCAGCUCCAGUAACUCCAGCUCUCACCCCGGCUCUCACUGCGGCUCUGGAGAGAGGUUCAGGGCCCGCUCCUCCUCCAAAUCAGAGGGCUCACCCCUCCAACGGCCAGAGAACGCUGGGAAAAAACCAGAGGAGAGGAGAGACUUGGUCAGGCCGAACAGACCAGCGGACCUCACGGCCCUGGCCAAGGAGCUGCGUGCAGUGGAUGACGUUCGCCCUCCAAAUAAGGUGACAGAUUAUUCAUCAUCCAGUGAAGAUUCAGACACCACUGAUGAUGAUGACGAUGAAGAGGUGGACCAGGAGGCAGGUGAAGAGUCGACCUCUGGCCCAGAGGAUUCCAGAGCUGUAUCUUCCAGGUUGAGUAAUGGAGAAACAGAGUCGGUGAAAACAAUGAUUGUUCAUGAUGAAGGCGAGAGUGACGCAGGCUCCACGCCCUGCAAAGACAGCACGCUGAUCGUCAGACAGAGUGCAGGUGACAACAGAAAGCGUGCGGUUCCCGGUCCGGGCCAAACUCAGACCCCAGGCCUGAUCACAGGCUUUGCCCCAAGUCCUGGGUCAAUGCCGGGCCCGGGCCUCAUCCACCACACCCCCAGCCCCCACCAUCAUCAUCACCAUCAUCACCAUCACCCCACACAGCACUUGGACAGGAACGGCUUUGCAGGCCGCAUCCACCACCUCCCAGACCUGAUCCAGCAGAGCCAUCAUUCCUCCCCCUCCUCCUCUGCAUCCAACUCCCCCUCCUCCUCAAGCCUUGCCAGCCCCUGCAUGUCCCCUCAGAGUCCCCUGGACAAGCUCGGCCUCCUCACAGAGAGCCAGUCUAGUAACAACAUGCAGAAACACAAGUCUUCUUCCUCCUUCACUCCGUUCAUCGACCCACGCCUCCUUCAAGUCUCCCCAUCCACCGGCAGUGCCCUCAACAACGUUGGCUAUGCCAAUGACGCCCGGCUGGCAGAGGCACUGAGGGCCGACCCGUCUCGGAAAGGUUCUGUGGUCAACGUGAACCCGGUAAACACUCGCCCACAGAGCGACACACCCGAGAUCCGCAAAUAUAAGAAGAGGUUCAACUCUGAGAUCCUGUGUGCUGCACUUUGGGGAGUGAACCUGCUGGUGGGAACAGAGAGUGGUCUGAUGCUGUUGGACCGCAGCGGUCAGGGGAAGGUUUACCCUCUGAUCAACCGACGGCGUUUCCAGCAGAUGGAUGUCCUGGAGGGGCUCAAUGUCCUGGUCACUAUAUCAGGCAAGAAGAACAAGCUCCGCGUGUACUACCUGUCCUGGCUGAGGAACAAGAUCCUGCACAAUGACCCUGAGGUGGAGAAGAAACAGGGCUGGACCACCGUAGGAGACCUGGAGGGCUGCGUCCACUACAAAGUUGUGAAAUAUGAGAGAAUUAAAUUCUUAGUUCUGGCCCUGAAGAACUCGGUUGAGGUCUAUGCCUGGGCACCCAAACCCUACCACAAGUUCAUGGCCUUCAAGUCGUUUGGUGACCUGGUGCACAAGCCUCUGCUGGUCGACCUCACCGUUGAAGAAGGUCAGAGAUUAAAGGUCAUCUAUGGCUCGUGUUCAGGCUUCCACGCAGUGGAUGUCGACUCUGGGGCCGUCUAUGACAUCUACCUACCUACACACAUCCAGACCAGUAUCCAGUCCCACGCCAUCAUCAUCCUGCCCAACACUGACGGCAUCGAGCUGCUGGUGUGCUACGAGGACGAGGGCGUUUACGUCAAUACCUACGGACGAAUUACCAAGGAUGUGGUGCUGCAGUGGGGGGAGAUGCCAACCUCAGUGGCUUACAUACGCUCCAACCAGAUCAUGGGUUGGGGGGAGAAGGCCAUAGAGAUCCGCUCCGUGGAGACAGGCCAUCUGGAUGGUGUCUUCAUGCACAAGAGAGCCCAGAGACUCAAAUUCCUCUGUGAAAGAAAUGACAAGGUGUUCUUCGCCUCUGUGCGAUCCGGAGGCUCUAGCCAGGUCUACUUCAUGACUCUGGGCCGAAGCAACCUGCUCAGCUGGUAGAGGUCGGCACCUUGUCCUCUUCCUCCUCCUUCUCCUCAUCCUCUUCAUUGUCCUCCACCCUCGCUAACACUGGAUCUCAGAACCCACCGUUGAUGUCUUGUCAGCAGUCAGACAACCAAAAGAGAACAUAAACCAACCACUGACCAGCCCUUUAAAGCAGCCAACAACAAUGGCUUCAUCACUUCUCUGGAGCUCCGAGGCCGCCUGCAGCACAGCGACUACCGGUCAUGACAUGCAGUCGUUGCCUACUGAAAAGCCUGAAGUGACCCAUGGGUACAAAAUGAAAUCACUAAUAUAUUAAAGAAAGAAGAAGAAAUGUGAAUUUAAGACAGAAAAGGGGGCAAACAACUCUGUCUUCCCCCUUUCCUCUGUUUUCUUAGUUCUUGUCUUAUCAUGAUGAGAUGCAUUUUGUACCGCUGCAUCUUCUCCAUGCUGCUUGGCUGGUCAGUAAGCUUGAGGUCUAGUACUGCUACCACAAUAUUACUACUUCUACUACUGCUACUACCUUCUGCAGGUCUGCCUCUUGUCAGAAAGUUACCCACUGUCCCACCCUCUGCCCUUUAUAAUGAGUGUUUUAAGGGGCUGGUGGGCUGGGAGUCUGUUGUAUCAAUGCUACACUAGUGUGUUUAAAUGUACGUCUGUUUGGUCCGUUUACUGCUGACAGGCUGGUUAGAGGUCGAGGCUGUCAGCUGAGGAUGAAAUGUUGAAACCCCAGAGAGCCGUCACAGUUAGAGGCAGGUGUUAGGGGCUUAUUUUUGAGGUUGUACUGUAAGUCUGAUAGAUGGGACUCGACAGAAAGGUGUGUGCGUGUCGUUUAAGUAUUGUGUUGUUCAGACAGGUGCUUUAAAAUGGAGGAUGAUCGAGGGAGAGAGAUGUUGAAGCUGAUGGCUUUCAGAAUAGUAUUUUUUGAAUUAUUGCUAUUAUUAUUCCUUAAAGAUAAGUGUAACUAUGUGGAGUAAAACAUGUCUUUUACCUUGUUUUUUAAGAUUUACGCACAUCCACUCACAGUUUGCUUGCUUUUACUGUGAACCCACAGAUGUGUGAGGUGAAGUGGGUGCAGUCCAUAAAAUAAGAUAAAAUAAAGGUGUCUAUGUACAAUAAAGUUUCAUUUAAUCUUCCAGACCUUGUCAUGUUUUCCCCCUCAUUCAUGAAACAUGACGUCUUUAAGUCGUGAAACUUGAACUGCUGUGAAUAGUUGAGAAAUUAAAAGAAACCAAUAUGCUAAUGAAGUGAUGAACUAGAAAAGAAAGUUCAGUAUGUUUGAGUGCGAGUGAAGAUGGAGAGUUCAGUGUCAUCGACGUAUUGGAGUUUCGUUGCAGAGAGGUAAACAUAUGGUCAGCAGAGGAGUUUUUUCUGGAAGUUUCAGGUUUUCUAUCUUCCAUUUCAUUCUUUUAACUUGCUUCAUUUCUUCAUUUGUACCAUUCGUAUGAAUGAAAUGCACUCAGUGUCAAGAAUGUAGAAAGACUUAUUACUGUGUGGUGGUCCAAGGCAUGAGAUGAUGUUUUUUUUUUUUUCUUUUUGCUUUGUAUCUUGUCACAAGUGAUCAAUUCUAGAUGUUCAAUUUCUAGUUCGGACAAUUCCACAGCUGCAGCAGCGGAGCCUCUCAACAGGUGUAGAUAUUUGUGAUAGGGAGGGCAAUAUUCAGUCUUUGAUUUGCAGCCUUUUCCACAGCUGUGAGAAUAUGAGUGGGAGAAAAAUCUCUGUGCACGUCAGAGCUGAGGAGGGUUUUAUUGUCAUCCUGGGAGUUGUACUGGCACAUGCUAGGAACUCUUUACUAUCAAAUGAGGACAUAAACCUGGUCAAUUCAACACUUGUACUCUGAGGUUUUACAGUGCUGUGUCACAAAACAGGCAACGUGGAGCAGGACUCAGCCGUCUAGAGGAAAGACUGGAAAUAGAAGACCACAUUUGUUUCUCAAGGGAGGUCUUUUGACUCUCUGCUCUGCUGUUAAAGUUGUCUGUAUAUGUGAGAGACUGAGCAGCAAACUGCAGCAUCGAUGUCCUCCAGGAUGUCUGCCAAGCUGGAUUUUCCUGUUUUCACAGCAAAUGUGACCGAUUACAUAUUGUCGACUGGAAAAUGGGUAUGGCAAAGAAGAGUCUGAUUUUCGAUCUGGGUGGCAGAAAUGUUAACCUUGGCUGUGUUUUCCCCUGACGACAACAGUUCAACACAUGUGAAAAGGUUACUGCCAGUCACUCGGUAACAAACUAUAACCUCCCCUCUUACAGACAAGCUGUUUGGACCCCAAUGCCGUGUCGUCUGAGGUCUGUGUGUGCAGUAGUACCCAGUGUGUUUCUCUUAUUGCAUCAAGGCCUUGAUGAGUGGCUGUAUGGACUUCAUGAAAAAUUUGUGGUUAUUAUUGAUAUUCUUAAUGGGCUUAAAAGGACGAGAUAUAAGUCUGUAUCUGAUGAGAAAAAGCAGUCGCUUAUCGGCUCACAUUGGAAAAAGUGCCAAGAGGGCAGCAUAUAAAAGUGUAAACCUAUUGUUAUGAAAACCACUACUUGGAAAUCCUUUUAAAAAAAAUCACUUGAAGCAUUGUGUAUUUUUAAGUUUUAGAGCUAGUCGAGAAGCUUAACAAUAGUUUCUGUUGUUUCUGUAAGUCUAUGUACACGUAAAUAUGCGACUGCGGUGGUUUAAUAUUAUUAUGCUCACCUUAGGUGGAGAAAUGUUUACAGAGACAAUGUUUUGUUACACUAAUGUGCAUCACAGUAUUUAUGUUUAAUGCAUAUGCGUCUUUAAUUCUUUGUUUUUGCUUUUUGAGCCCGGUUUUUAUUGGAUAUUUUCAUUUUAUCUGUCAUCUCCCCCUACCCCAUUAAUAACGUACUUACAAAACAAUAAAGAACACACGUGCUGUUCAUUUCAGGUAUUCACAUCGCGCUGCUUCGACGUGGAAACAUUGCAGUAACGUUUCCUGCAGGCUUGGACGUGAGGCAACGUGUUUUUCCUCUGCUGUUUCUGCCAUGCUACUCUAACUUAUGUCCUCUCUGUGUAUGACGGGAAGUCGUGUAUUUCCUGAAGGUUUCUUUUCUUUGAAUAAACUUUAAAAGUAA